AUUCUACAGCUCUAGCCGUCAAUAUUGUAGUCUGCUUCACAUUGACGAUCAUGGGCACUAACAAGCAAAUCGAGUGUGUAUUUUUUAGUGAAUUUCAUCCAACUCUUGGACCUAAAAUCACCUAUCAGGUUCCUGAAGAAUAUAUAUCAAGGGAGUUGUUUGAUACAGUGCAAGUAUACAUCAUCACCAAACCAGAGCUACAGAAUAAGCUCAUUACAGUGACUGCAAUGGAUAAGAAGCUAAUUGGGUGUCCAGUGUGCAUAGAGCAUAAAAAAUACAGUCGCAAUGCUUUACUUUUCAACUUAGGUCUUGUGUGUGAUGCUCAGACGAAGACAUGUGCCCUUGAGCCCAUAGUCAAGAAACUCUCACAAUACCUCACAACUCUGGAGCUGGAGAGUGGCUUUAUUUCAAAUGAGGAGAGUAAACAGAAGCUGUUGCCCAUCAUGUCUACAUUACUUGAGGACCUCAAUGCAACAGGAGCCUGCACUCUUCCUAUUGAUGAGUCGAAUACAAUUCACCUGAAGCUGAUCGAGCAGAGGAAAGAUCCCAUCAUUGUUCAGGAGUAUGAUGUUCCAGUCUUCACUCAAACCAAGGAACGUUAUAUCAAGUCUCAGUGGGAUCUCACCACACAGCAGAUUUUGCCCUACAUCGAUGGAUAUCGACACAUACAGAAGAUUUCUGCUGAGGCUGAUGUUGAAUUAAACUUAGUACGAAUCGCCAUUCAGAACUUACUGUAUUAUGGAGUAGUGACACUAGUGUCAAUAUUUCAGUAUUCUAAUGUUUACUGCCCAACACCUAAAGUCCAGAGCCUGAUCGAUGACAAAGCUGUUCAGGAAGAAUGCCUGCAUUAUGUCAAUAAACCUGGACAGCGAGUGAGCUUCCGAGAUGUUUUCCAGCUUUAUUGUGGUUUGACUCCAGGAACUACAGUACGUGACCUGUGUUCCCGCUAUGCUCAGCAACUACAAAGAGUAGACGAGAGAAAGCUGAUCCAGUUUGGUUUAAUGAAGGGCCUGAUUCGCCGGUUGCAGAAAUAUCCUGUUAAAAUUGUUCGAGAUGAGAGGAGUCGUCCUCCAAAACUUUAUACUGGUUGCCACAGUUAUGAUGAGAUCUGCUGCAAAACUGGAAUGAGUUACAAGGAGCUGGAUGAGCGAUUAGAAAAUGACCCCAAUAUUAUCAUCUGCUGGAAGUGAUGUCAUUAUAAUUAUGAAUUUGUGGAUUAAUUUAUCUGAUGAGGUAGACCAGCACACGCAGUCGAGCUAUAAGGCAGUCAUUGGGACCACAGCCUGAGACGAAUAAGCAUAUGUGUUGAGUGGCUCACCCUUACCCAGGGCCUGGGACGGUCGGCUCCAGAAUUAUUGGCACCCUUGGAAAAGAUGGGUAAAAAAGUUUGUGGGGGGUAUUUGUCAUUAACUAGAUUAAUCUCACACUGAAAUAUGAGAGAAAUCUAACCUUUAACAUAUACAGUGUUUAACAAAACCACAACUAUUGGUACCCGUAGAACUCAUUUUUAAAGUUUACCCAAGUGUUAAGGAACUACAUUUUUAAGUUUCUCUAAAAAGUUUGUGUACUUCUCUUAACUUUUACUCUAUCUACAAUAAGUAGAUAUUGUAGUUACUCUCUGGAUUCUUAUAUAUAUAUAUAUAUAUACAUUCAGAUCUUUCCAUUUUCUUUAUUCCAUCAUCUUGAUAGGAAAUUGUUGCCCUCAUUUCUAACCUUACAGCACAGAAAAAAGUUUUGGCCUCCCCUACGCUAGAAUCUAGAAACUGACAUUGCAUAACAUUCAUCCUGUGACCAGUUUACUGACUUUUUAGGGUUAAUUUGUGUGCAUGUUUGAAGCCAUUACCUUGAAUUUUCUGGAAAAGGCAUCCUGGUUUUGAUUAAAAUAUUCUGGUUCUUUGAAGAAUAUUUUCUUUCAUGUUUUUAAGUGCUGAAAUGUGCAGUUGUAUUUCAAAGCUUGUAUGUACAAAUGUGUGAAAAUAUAUUAAAUAAAUAUGCUCAAACAUA